AUGGCGGGCUCCUUUGUGGGUUCGGCCCUGAUAUUUAGCGGCGGAGGUUGCCAAUGGAUGGCACAGGUUCACCAGCGGUGGGUCCUAGGACCAACGACGGGAGGGGGGGGAGGCUGGGUCCAGGCGCCUCGGGCGGCAAGGAUAGUGGAGCGCAGAGUUGAAGGGCGAGACCCGAGAAACAGCACAGAGGGCCAGAAGAAGAAGUGA